AUGUCUCUCCCCACUCUCCGCUCCGCUGUCGCACGCGCCACUGCAGGCCCCUCGACCGCGGCCCGCACCUUUGCUACCUCGGCGUCGGUGGCUGCCAAGGGCAGCGGCAAGGGCAAGGACAAGUCCAACGUUACCAAGGGCCAGCUCAAGCACAAGAACGCACCACCCGAUCCCGAGGCCAUGAAGCUGGCCGACGCUAUCCGUGUUCUCCGCGCUCUGGAGAUUGCCAACACUGGGUCGGCGUUUUCUGUUCAGGUCAAGACGUUUACGAACAAGCACACCAUCCCCCUCCGUGGCCGUGUACACCUCCCGACCGACGCUCGUCGCAAGCCCGACGUGGUGGUUGUCUUUGCCGACCCGGACUCUCCUUCCUCCGAGGCUGCCAUUGCGGCCGGCGCCACCCACGUCGGCAGCGACGACCUCAUCCCCAAGAUCCUGGACGGCACCAUUGAGCCCAACAUUGUCAUCUCCACCCCGACCUUGCUGCCCCAGGUCACCAAGAGCCUGGCCCGUUUCCUCGGUCCCAAGGGUCUCAUGCCCAACGCCAAGCGUGGUACCGUCGGCGAGGGCCAGGCCCUUGCCCAGCUGGUCCGCAACGCUGCCGGCUCGGUCGAGUUCAAGGCCAACAAGAUUGGCUACAUCCGUAACGCCGUCGCUCGCAUGCACUUCCACCCCGACGCCAUUGAGGAAAACGUCCGCGCCUUUGUCAAGUCGGUCCGUGACGCUUCGGCCGCCCAGGCCACUGCCGCCGAGGACCCGAUCAAGAAGAACAAGAACGCACUGACCUCGACCGUCCUGCACGUUCGCAUCGGUACCACCCAGGGACCGUCCAUCGAGAUCAGCAACGUCUAA